AUGGCAAAAGAGUUAUCAGUUAAAGUCAGAACCACAGUGACAGUAUCAGCAUCAUCAAGAAGAGAAGCUGCUUUGGAGAUGCAACAGCGGCUGCGAAGGGUGAAGCAGUUUCAAGAGCAACAGCAGUCACAGAUGCCAAAAAAGAAACAAAAAGUGCAAAUUCUGCAGCUGAUGCAACAGCAACAUCAAGAAGAGCAGCCACCAGAGCGGAGGCUGCAGAAGCAUCAAGAACAGCAGAUAACACUUCAACAACAAGAGCAGCUGCAAGAACAAAGUCAACAGACACAUCCGGAAGAGCAGCAACAUCAGAGAAGGGAGCAGUCUACUGCAGGGGAAGGGGAAUGUGUUACUGAAAUAAUGGUGAAUCAAUGGCAACCUGGAGAAUUUAAUGUAUUAACUGAAAAAGUAGAUCAUGUGGAGCAGAAAAAAGAACUUGAGGUGCCUGCAGUCCUACUCACAAUGGGAACUUGUACUUCUACUCCUGAGAAAGAACUGGGACAAGAUUUUUCAAAUGUACUGCUUCAUGUUGAAGAUGUUGAUGCUGACGAUACUAGAGAUGUACUGAAAUGUAGUGAGUAUGUGCAGGAUAUUUACAAGUACUUCAGGCAGCUUGAGACAGAACAACCAAUUAAACAAUGGUACUUGGAGGGGCAAGAAAUCACUGGAACCUUGCGUGAUGCCUUGGUGAAAAAGCUUAAACUGAGUUGUAACAUGCUUCACUUACCUCCUGACAAUAUAUAUAAGGCUGCUGGUAUCAUAGAUCGCUUUCUUCAGAUUCAUCCUGUGCCAAAACAUAUGCUACAAUUGGUUGGUAUAACAGCUUUGUUUAUUGCUGCAAAAUAUGAAAUGCAAAACUCACCAAGCAUAGAAGAUUUUGUCAGGGUAACAGGUCAUCUCUACACAAAGUCACAAAUAAGCAACAUGGAAUGGAAGAUUUUAAAAACACUUGACUUUAAGCUUAACAGACCAAUUCCGAUAGACUUUUUGCAUAGAGUUUUCCACAUUGUGAAGCUUCAAAAUGAUCAGCAACUGGUUUUAUCAAAAUAUUUCAUUGAGCUGGCUAUGGUGAAUUACGACAUGGUACAUUUUCCCCCUUCUGCAGUAGCAGCAGCUGCUUUUCGAUUGUCCCAGAAAGUUUUCAGUUCUGGUCACUGGGGUGUCAAGAAAAAUUCUGCUAGCAGCAAAACUCUGAAGAUUGAAACCAUUCUACAGCUUAAAUCUGCAGAUAUUAUGAAAGCUAUAAAGCCUCUCCUCAGUUAA